GUAUAUGUUCUUAUAGUAGGUACUACGCUAAUUCAUACUAUUUGAAUCACAGUCACCAAUCAAUAAUACAAUACUCAAAUUACAUUAUAAAAUCUUCAUAAGUAUCGAAUAGUUUCAAAACAGUUUUUAUUUCCAAAACUUAUAAUUUAACAUUCUGAAUCCGAGUUUAUUUCUUUGAUAAAUUAACAUGUAUUUGAAAAGUAUACUGUUUUUCUGCAUGGCGUCAUUCUUUUUCCAAUGUCAAGGUGUCCCCCCAACUGAAGAACAGAUUAAUAUGGUUAGAGAACUAGUCGCGUCAAAAGUGGGGCAUGAUGGCACAAUGGACUUAAGUCAAUUACAAGAAGUAGUACUCAAAGUAGGACAAACAAUCGACGAAAAUUGUAAUGAAAAUGAUGUGGAUUUAGGUUUUCGAUAUACAAAUGACGAAGCUGUAAUCUUCAUCCUAUCGUUUACAGCUAACACAAAUCAAAGUUUAAUUAGCUUUGUUAGAGAUAUAGUCAAGCGAAAUUUGAAGCAAGGUAAUAUCAGGUAA